AUGGUAUUUAAAUUCAAGAAAAAAAAGAAAGAAGAAAAUUCAGACAAAUUAAGCAAACUCACACAUAAGGAUGAAGGAAAGAAUAAUGAGCCUGGGGAAAAAAAAGAGAAAAGUAAUUCUUGGUACAGGAAGGUUAUUGACAAUGCUAUUACAAGUAAAAAUAAAUCUAAUGAUAUAGAAGAAGAGGAGUGCGAAGAAAAUGUUAGAAAAACAACUGAAAGGGAUAAAGAUUAUGAACUGGAGGAACAACUGAAGGAGACAUUACGAUCGAUCACUUCUCUGUCAACUAAAAUUGUAAAUUAUGAAACUAAAAUUCAGGAUUUAGAAAAAGAAUUAAAAAUAGAAAAAGAUAAACAAGUUGAUAAAUUAUACGAACAGGAGUUAAGGGAGAAAGAGGAUUUUAUAAAACAGAAGAUUGGCAUGCUAAAUGAAAAAGAAAAUUUGUUAAAUGAAAAAGAGUUAGAUAUAAAUAUGAGAGAAGAAAAAAUGAAUGAUAGAGAGACAUUUAUUGCGAAAAAGGAAGACAAAUUAAAUGAUAUGCAAGUGGAAUAUGUAGAAAAAAAUAAAGAAAAAGAAAAACUCCAUUUUGAAAUUACAGAUAUUAAAAUAUCUUUAGAAAAGUUAAAGUAUGAAGUUAAAGACAAAAAGGAAUGUCUAGAAAAUGUUAGCAAUAAAGUAAUUUCAAAAGAAAAUACCUUAAGAGAACUAAAGGAAUUCAUAAAAGAAAAAAAUGAACUGAUUGAACAUCUUGAUGAAAAGAUAAAUGAAAAGGAAAAAAUUUAUGAACAAUUAGGAAAAGAUGUAGAAGAAAAAAGAAAAAUUAUCGAAUUGUUAGAUAGCAAAGCAAAUGAAAAGGAAAAACAUUUUGAAGAAAAAAUUAAAGAAUUAGAAAAAGAACAAGGUGAACUUUUAGAAAAAUUAAAUGAAAUUAAAAUAAGAGAAAAAAAUGUGGAAACAAGAGAAAAUGACUUCCUUCAUAUGGAAAACGAAUUGAAAGAUCUCACAAAUAAUGUUUCUAAAAAUGAUUGCCAAUUAAAAAUUUACGAAUUAGAAAUAAAAGAUUUAAGUAAUGCACUUGUCGAAAAAGAAAUGGAAAUAUUGGACCUAAAAAAUACAUACAAUGAUGAAAUCAAUUUGUUAAAAGGUCAAAUAAAAGAAAAAGAAAAAGAAAUUGCAAAUUGUAGUAGUAAAAGUGGAUGUAAUUGUGGUGAUAUACCUGGUGAGAUAUCCACAGAAAUGGAACAUACGGAACAGCAAGACAUAAAUGAAGGUUAUAAACAGAAAUUGGAAGAUUUACUUAAAGUGAAGGAAAAGGAAAUAAAUGAACUUGAAACUAAGUACGAAAAAGAGAUAGAUACAUUGAAUAAGGAACUGAAUGAUAAAAAGAAAGAAUGUAUAGAAUUAAAAAAUAGUCAUAUUAUUGAAAUAAACAAUUUGAAUGAUGAACUUGAAGAGAGUGAAAGCAAAAUGAUCCAAUUGAAGAAUAAUCACGAAAUGGAGAUUUACAAAUUACAUAACGAAAUUAAUGCACUCAGUGAGGAGAAGCACAUGUUAAGUAAUGAAAAACAGGUUCUUAGUGGAGAAAUAAACAAAUUAAACGAAGAGAAGCACACUUUGGCUACGGAGAAAGAUGAAUUAAACAGCAAAAUAAAAAUAUUGAAUAGCGAAAUAAACACACUGAACAGCGAAAAAGAUACACUUAGUGGUGAAAUAAGAACACUGAACGAUAUGAUACAUAAUUUAAAACAUGAAAUAAGCACAUCAGAUAAUGAAAUUAACAAGUUGAAAGACAUGAUAAACACACUGAAUGAUGAAAAGGAAGGACAAGAAAAAUUUCUUAUAGAAAUUGAAAAUAAUUACAAAAAUGAAAUAAAAAUUUUAAAAGAAAAGUUGAAAGAUACAGACAAUCAAAUGAAUAUAAAUAUUAGGGAAGAGUUGGAUCAUUUGAAAAAUGCAUUAAAUGGGAAAGAAAAAGAAAACAAACAAAUGAAGGAAGAUUAUGACAAAAAAAUAAAAGAAUAUGAUGAAGAGUUACAAUCAAAAGAGAGGUACUUUGAAGAAGAGUUAAAUAAUAUACAUGUAAAAUCACACGAAAAGGAGCAAAUUUUAAUUUUGAAAAAUGAUGAAUUAAAGGAGUUAAAAUUAAAGACAGAGGAAAAAUAUCUUAAAUUGUAUGAUGACAGAAUGAAUCUUUUCAGAAAUAUUUGCUCUAAAAUAUGUCUUCCAUAUUGCGAGGGAAUACAAUCUGAGGAAAUUGUUGAAAUGCUUGGAGAUUAUAUAAAUAAAAUGAGUAAACAAAUGAAUACAUUAGAAAGGGAAUCUAUUACAAACAUUGAUAAGGCUGUUUCAAACACGAAUGAAAAAGAAGUUUCUGAAAACGUUGGAAAUGAGAAUCCAAAAGAGCUCGACGAAGGGAUGGAGAAUACAAAUAACACAUCAGAGGCUAAGGAUGAGAUGGCAGGAAAAAAAGAAGAGAAAGUUAUUCAUGAGUUAAAGAAAGAACUAGAAUGCUUGCAAGAACAGCAUAGAGAAGAGAUGGCAAAAAUGGAAUGCCAUUUGUCGUUAAAAGAAAAAGAAAUAGAAGAGUCUAAAAAUCAAGUCUCUGAAUUGAUUAAUAGAAUAAACAACUUAAAUGAAACUAUUUCUCUUUAUAAGGAAAAUAACUCUGAAGAGAAAAUAAAUGCGUACAUCUCUCAAAUUAACACCCUAAGUUUAACGUUGAGCGAACUGAAAGUUAAGAAUGAUCAGGAACAGUUGGAGAAACAGAAUGAAAUUACAAAAUUAACAGAAGAGCUGAGUUAUUAUAAGAAAUGUGCUGAUGUUAGAGGGAUGAUGCAAUUGGAUAGUGAAGAAGCUUACAAAAUUGAUCAACAACCAGAGAAGAAAGGUGUGUCGCAACAAAGCGAAGGAAAAUGUGAUUCUGAGAAGGAACACAUUUCAGAAUCAGACAUGGAAGGAGGAGGGAAUUUAAAAUCCUUUUUAAAUUUCCCACUUCGUAAAAUAAAAGGAAAAAAACAAAAGUCAUCAAAAAAUGAAAAGGAAAUACAAACGGAUUUGAAACGAAACGAAUUAGAUAAGGAUGAAAAUGAGAAAAUGAAGAUACAUAAAAAAGAAAGCAAAGAAAUGGAAAAAUACAAAAAUGAAUUGAAAGAUAAGAUGAAAAUUAUUGAGGAUUUAAAGAAUAAAAUAUGCUCCUUAACAAAUGAGGUAAUGGAUCUAAAAAAUAUGAAGAAUGAAUUGGCGGAGAAGGAUAAUAAAUUGACGAAAGUUGUAGAAGAAACAGAGAGACAGAAAAGGGAGAAGGACAUAGUGAGUACAAAUCUGAGGAAAGCAAAUGAAGAAAUUGAAAGGUUGAGCGAAGAAGUGUUAAAGAUGAAGAAGGAAGAGAUGAAAUCAAGGGAGGAAAUAACAAAAUGGGAAGAAGAAGCUGCAAACUGGAAGAAAGAGUUGGAAGAUCUUAAAAAUAGUUCGGAUAAAAUGAACGCAGAAUUUUAUACAAAAGAGAAUAAUUACAUGUUGAAAUUGAAUGAAAAUCUAGGAGUUAUACAGAAUUUUAAGGACCUAAUUAAUGAAAAUGAAAAGGAGAAAGAAAAGUACAUUAGCGAUAUUAAUAACUUGAAAAAUGAAUUCGAGGUGCUAAAAUUGAAACAUGAUGAAUUGACCAAAGAAUAUGAUUCUUUAAAUGGAAUGUAUAAAAGUGAGAAAAGUAAGAAUCACCUUACGCCUGACGAUGAAGUUAUCAGUAAGGAUGAAAAUAAAUCGAGUGAACAAAAUGAAAAUUAUGAAAAGGACAAGAGAAACUGUGAUGAUAAUAUGAACACUUGUAAAAGUUCGAGGAGGUUAAAUGAACAAGAUGCUGGAAACACAUUGAAUGACCAAUCUGAGGGUUCUAACUGUGUAUAUUUUAUACCUAAUAGCGAAACUGAGACUAAGAGGGAUGAAUCAGCAUUAGUAGUAAAUGAUUAUAUAAACGAAAUAGCACAUCUGAAAGAAGAAAUAAACAGACUUAGUUUGCUGUAUAGCAACGAAUUGAAUAGAAAAAAUAGCUGUGAUAUAAAAUCAGUGGAUCUGAUGAAUGAAGUGAAAGAGCUUGAAAUGAAGGAUAAGGAGAAUAAGAAAAGAAUCUUAUCAUUAACCAAAAUUAAUGAAAAAAUGAAGAUACAAAAUGAAAAAUUGAAAUCAAGGAAAUUUUUAUCAAAAAAGGAAGAAUCAGCACAUUUGGAUGAAAAUUUGGAAAGUAAGUCAGGAGGAGCUGAAAAUUUGGGAAAUGAUCGAAUAAUGGAUGAUCAAAUGGAUGACGUUGUAGGGGAGAGAACGGAGGAGAUGAUGCAUCUAUUAGAUGUGAGAGAAAAGGUUAAAGAAUUGGAAGGAAACAAUUUCCGUUUAAUGAAAAUUCUUCAUGAGAGGAAUUCUACGCAAGGAGAAAAAAUAAUCGGGUCUUAUUUGUACUCUAAAAAUGUGGAAGAUUUAUAUGCUAUAGGCAAUGUGAAUAAUACAGAUGUAGAGAGUGCUCAAGAAAAUACCAUCACAGUUGUCUGUAUAAUUGUAAACGAGAUAUUAAGCAUUUUAUUUUUAAACGAUAAAUUUGUUAACACAUUUGAAAAGAUAAAUCGGAAUUUAUGGAAACUUAUGUACAUACCAGAAGAAAUUAGAGUAUUGAUUUUUAAAUAUUUUUAUUUUUUGGAUAAAUUAAGAAAUUAUGUAAAAAGUCUAAAUGAAAAAUUGAGCAAUGAAAGGUAUGAUGAUUCGUGGUUUCUUUUUCAAAAUUAUUUGGAAACAGCAAGCAACAUAAAAAGGGAGAUGAUGUAUUUCAUUUUGGAAGAGAAGAAUAGGGAAGAAAUAGUUGAAAAGGAUGGGGAAUGUGAAGAUGUUGAUUACAACAAUAGUAACAGCACGAAAAGAGGAAAAAUUAUAGAUAUAUUAAACUUUUCGAAGGAUGAAAUGAGACUAAAAACGAUAGCACAGUUAAGAAAAGAUUUAAAUUUUGAAAAAAAAUCCAAAAACAUGCUAAAUAGAGAUUAUCAUUUGUUGCUAUAUAAAUAUCAAGAAUGUAUGAGAAAAUUAAGGAGAGUCAGAAAUAUGAUAAAAGAGUUAAAUUUAAAUGAUUCUACGAAUAGAGCUGACUUUGCCUUAAAUAGAGAAUUAGAUAAAUACUCUGAAAUGAGUAAUGAAAAUUAUUUUAGCGUAGAAAAAGAUGAAGUUUUAUAUACAAAUUAUAAAGAUUGCAUUUUGCAUGACGAUAAUAAGAACACAAUAUUAGAGAGUCAGGAAAAUGUUUUAACUAAUAGUAUAAUCAAUUUGAGAAAAAUACAAAAUGUGAAGAAAAAUAAUAAUAAUCCACAAAUACUUUUGAGUAAAAAUAAUUUGAUAAAUUCGAAUCUUCACAUUACAUCGAGGAAGUGUGGUGAAGACGCUUUCACACAUAAAGGGGAAAUGCAUAGCAGACCAAAAACAAUGGACAAAAACAGAUUAACAAACAAAUAUAACAGAUUGGGGAAUACGCCAAAAAUUAAUUACUUGGAUGACAUGAAAAAAGUGAAAAAUAUUUUUAACGAAUUCGUUGGAGAGAAACGAGACAUUAUUUUUGUACACAAAAGUCCCUUCUGCUAA